AGCGUGAGAGAGUCAUUCAUGUUUUUUUACGCAGAAAAGAGUUAUUCGUGUCUUCGUCCAACUUAUCUAUAAAAUCACAUCGUCUCUUGUUUAAUCCACAUAUCAUCUCUCUAACUAUCUCACCCACACUCUCUCUAGAUUUUCUUACGAUAGCGUAAUACGUACGAAGAAAACCGUUCGUGUGCAAAAGGAUGAGGUGUAGAGGGCUUCAAGUUCGGAGAAGAAAGAGAGUAAUGGUUAAUGUGAACUCAAGGAAGCUCAUGACCCGUCUCCGGCAGAUGGUUGCUCCGGAAACGAUUUAUUCAGGUGAAGUUGACGAUAACACACUUUACCGUCUCACGGCUGAUCACAUUUUGCUACUCCAAGCAAGAGUCCAACUUCUUCGUCGUAUUUCUUCUUUAUGUGGUCUUUAGAUCGAAGAUCCAUAACCAUAUAUUCACGUGGCUGAAAUAAACGAAGCAACGGUAUAAUCGUGGAACAAACGUCUAUUUUAUUAUAUAUUUUCUUAAUUUAGUGAUCUUGGUUACUCGUAAAUUAUGAUGUCUACUCUAUAAUUUGAUGUAAUUAUGUGGAUUUAUAUUUGUGUUGUAUUUUAUUGUGAAUUGUGAGUAGUCCUUUUACAUGCACGCAGCUUUGACCGCGUGUCUAGUACCCA